ACUAUUGAGUUUCUACUACAGUCAUGAUGUUUCUGAUGUUUUGCACUUACAUACAGACACACUUCUAAGACCAAGUCUCUUUCUUGAAUAUGCUAUCGCUACUUCAUUAUGUACAAAUUAAUAACUGAUCAAAAGGACACGGCUGGGGUGUGGAUGUGAUGGAUUCCAUUUAUUUAGAAACUUCUCACAGUUCUCUCAAGUCGACUACUUCGGCAGUCGGGAGUCUAUUGGUCUGGGCUUUUCUUCGUGUAUAGGUCAACGUUUGGGUGGGUUAUACUUCUCCUAUUUUCAUACAAAGGGGUCUGAAAGCGUUAAUAAACUUCCCGCCUACACCGGUCAGUUACUAAAAUAGAAAUAUUCCUGUAAUGAGUUGCACAGUAACGGUGAGUGGCCUACAAUGUAUCCAUAGACUUCACUUCUAUCACUGUCUAUGGCGCUGACAGUGACAUUGUGGCCCUUUCAGUACUGACCUAGUAAAUGAAAUGGUUUGCGGAGGCCAAGAUAAAGUUUCAGUUGAAAUACUUCUCUGUUCCAUGAACGUUUAGGCUCUAUCCCACCUUUUCCUUCAAUUGAAGAAACGAUAACGUCGGCCGUGGCUGAAGCUUUACCAACUGUACACACUGUGAUAAAAUGUACUGCAUGAAUAAUUUACAUAUCUCAAAGCACAACCAGACUUGUGAGAGGUUCCAUAGCUAAUACUUCGCACGGGGAAGUUGGGCAACUAAUGUUCACCUUUUUGCUCGAAAACUUUUUGGAAAUAAAAAUCGAUUCAUCUACCGAGUCGACAUUUGCUGUCUUUUACUCUGACCUCAAACAAAUAUGUGCUCUACCUGGCACAAGAACCAAUUGAUAGUAAAUUACAUAUAUUAAAAACAAGUAUCGAUGGAAGGCAGGGCGAGGAACUGUAGCGAUUAAUGAAAACGCGGAAGUCGGAGUUACACGUUGAUUCAAAAGGAUACGCCAGAGACGGUGGACAAACUCAAAUUUGUAACUUAAGACUUAAGGACCAUGGAUAGCGCAGGAAUGUUAUUUGGUCUCUUAUGCAUCAGUUUCCUGUCCGUCAUCUGUAACGGACAGGUGUCAAAGGAAGUGUCGACAGAAGACGUUGGGCCACAGAACUCUGUCGUGUCUGCGGAUAGAGAUUUGUUGCAGGCAAUGGACGUGCUUCUGGGGAGAUACAAUGAGCAGCUGCCGAGCUCGGAAAAGAGAGGGAUCCCCAUGUGUGGGAUGGGUUCUCGUUGCGCCAUGAGGUAUGGACCACGCUUUGGGACGCUAUGCGACUGUGGCCGUGGGAGUAACUGCAACUCCUACAUACUCAAGUGCAUAUGAAAGCCUCAACAACAAGCACAGCAACAACCGCCACUUCCACCGGUCGAGGGAUGUCCACCCGCUCUGCGCGUGCAGUUAUAUGUGCAUUGUAUUUACUUGCGUUCUAAUUAAAUGUGUGCAUGAGUAUGGGCGAAUUGUACAUGGAUUGUAUGUAUUUGUUAACGAUGAUGUUCACGAAUCUUGUAAUGGUUUAUGGAAUAAAUAAAAUAAUUGCUUUAA